UACUUGGGUUGUACCAUCCUAAUAAGUACUACUUAUUAGGCGAAAGCGCAGGGUGUUUUGGGUUCGCUGGCAGAAAUCAGUGAGCUAUAGAUCUUCGUGCGUAUGUCAAGAGGUUACUAUAGAGGCAAAUGCAAAACAAAUACAAAUGUUUGGUCAACAACCAUCAGCGACGCCUCCUCCUCCUCCUUCUCCUCCGCCGCCGCCGCCGUGGUUAUCAUUCAUACAUCGAUCACCAUCCAUCCAUCCCAGCAUCAAGCCAAACCCGAUCCUUUGCCCUCCCCUCCGCCAUUAAGUCAGCUGCCGCCACGUCCCUCUCCUCAGGCCGCCAGCUCCACGCCAUCUCCGCCGUUACGGGCCUCUCUCGGACCCCUUCGUACAGUCCUCUCCUCCACAUGUACCUGAAAUGCGGCGUCUCAUCCGACGGCGACGAGAUGGGGCGGAGGGAUGGCAUCCAUCCCAAUUUGGUGACUUGGAAUGGCCUCGUUGCGGGCUUCAAUCAUAGCGGCAACUCUCGCCAGGCUGUGCUUGUGCUUCGCAGGAUGCGUUCCCAAGGGUUUUCAGUGGAUGGAAUCACCGUCUCCUGCGUGCUAUCUUCUGUCGCGGACUUUAAGGAUGAAAAUUGUUCCAUCGCCAUUGGGGCGCAGAUUCAUGGGCAUGCACUCAAGGCGGGUUUCUUAUCAUCGGAUGGUUGUGUUGUGAGUUCCCUCAUUGGCAUGUACGGGAAAUGUUGCCGCAGUGAGGAGAUGAUCCGAGUUUUUGAUGACUAUAAAAUGAUGAUGGACGUUGGGUCGUAUAAUGCUCUCCUCACCGGGCUCUCGCGCAAUGGCCGGGCAGAGGAAGCACUAGCUUCAUUCAGAGGAUUUCAAGGACUACUAGGCAUCCAACUGAAUGUCGUGUCUUGGACCUCCAUAGUUGCUUGCUGCGCUCAGAACGGGCGGGAUAUGGAUGCGUUGGAUUUGUUUCGAGAGAUGCAGCUUUCGGGCGGUGUGAAGCCCAAUCUCGUAACUAUUCCCUGCGUGUUACCCGCCUGUGCAAAUAUCGCCGCUUUGAAGCAAGGGAGGGCUGCUCAUUGCUUUUCCCUCAGAGGGAACUUCUCAGAAGACGUUUAUGUCUCCACUGCUCUGAUCGAUAUGUAUGCCAAGUGUGGAAGGAUUAAAGAAGCGAGAUCAAUCUUCAAUGCGAUGCCAACUAAGAAUGUUGUUUCUUGGAAUGCCAUGCUUGGAGGCUAUGCAAUGCAUGGCAGGGCAAGGGAUGCAAUUGCACUCUUUGAACUAAUGCGCAAAAGCAGGCAGAAACCCGAUUUCAUAACUUUCACUUGCAUACUAUCAGCUUGCAGCCAAGCUGGGCUAACCGAAGACGGGAAGUCGUACUUCAAUGCAAUGAAUAAAGAUUUUUGUAUUGUAGCCAGAAUGGAGCACUAUGCUUGUAUGGUUAGCCUCCUCGGUCGAUCAGGGAGGCUGGAUGAAGCUUAUGGAUUGAUCCAGGCGAUGCCUUUUGAUCCUGAUGCUUGCGUUUGGGGAGCCUUGCUCAGCUCCUGUAGGGUCCAUGGAAAUCUGCAGCUGGGGGAGGUUGCAGCAGAGAAGCUCUUUUAUCUGGAGCCAGGGAAUGCUGGGAAUUAUGUGCUUCUUUCCAAUAUUUAUGCCUCUAAAGGCAUGUGGAGUGGAGUGGACAGAAUGAGGGAUAAACUGAAGAGUAUGGGAAUGAAGAAGGAGGCAGGUUGCAGUUGGAUUGAGGUGAAAAACAUGGUUCAUAUGCUGCUGGCUGGUGACAAGUCCCACCCACAGAUGGGGCAGAUAAUUGAGAGGCUAGAAAAGCUGAGCACAGAGAUGAAAAGGCUUGGGUACAGCCCGGGUAUGAACUUUGUGUUGCAGGAUUUGGAGGAUCAGGAGGAAAAAGAGCAUAUACUGUGUGGCCACAGCGAGAAGCUGGCACUAGCACUUGGCCUCAUAAACACAACCCAUGGGACUCCUCUCCGGGUCAUAAAAAACCUUAGGAUCUGUGGUGACUGUCACACUUUUUUCAAGUUUGUUUCAGGCUUUGAAAGGAGGGAGAUAAUUGUGAGGGAUACUAAUCGGUUUCAUCAAUUCACAGAUGGCUGUUGUUCUUGUGGUGAUUAUUGGUAAGCCCACGAUCAGAGGGUCUUUGAAGACCAACAUUACUACUCUUGACCCUCUUGUCCUUACUAUCAGCAAGCAGCUCCUUUCUUUGCAAUGCUUGUUCCUAUGAAGCUGUUCAAUACCCUAGGGCGGGCCUUGCAUUCCUGAUUUCAAACUGUUUGUUGUCACUUUUGUAUCCAUGUUGGAAGGAGGUCUGUGAUCAAUUGAGAAGAACAUCCAGCUGAUGCAGUGCACGCGGAGGCAUCUAGGAUGACCUUCACCGAUUUUGUAACUCAUCGUCAAGCU